UUGUGGAGUAUAUUAUAAUUUUCAUUUUGCUUUGAGUGUAUUAGUUUGUGUAUGAUAAAAUGCAAACGGAUAUUAAAAAUUAAAUGAUGUUUAUAUUUUAAAGUACACAUAAUGAACAAAUAUUUAUUAAUUUAAUAUACGUUUUAUAAAUAUUGUUGAAAAAUGUCUUCAUAUUUACGUGGUUCCCCGAAUUAUGUUUGGUCAACAACCAGUAUUUUGGGAAAAGGUGCCACUGCUACUGUCCACCAAGGUGUUAACAAAGUAAAUGGAGAACCAGUAGCAGUUAAAACAUUCAAUACUGUUAGCACACUUCGCCCACAAGAAGUGCAAUUUCGUGAAUUUGAGGUGCUAAGGAAAGUAAAACAUGAAAAUAUCGUUAAACUUCUUGCCAUUGAAGAGGACCAGGAAAAUAGAGGAAAAGUUAUCGUUAUGGAACUGUGCACUGGUGGAAGUUUGUUCAACAGUUUAGAUGAUCCUGAAAAUACAUACGGACUAGAAGAAUCGGAAUUUCUUUUGGUUCUAGCACAUCUUUAUGCUGGCAUGAAACACUUGAGGGAUAAUAAUUUAAUUCACAGAGAUUUAAAACCAGGUAAUAUAAUGAAAUUUAUUCGGGAAGAUGGUACCACAGUUUACAAAUUAACAGACUUUGGAGCUGCCAGAGAACUCCAGGAAGGUCAGUCUUUUCAGUCAUUGUAUGGAACUGAGGAGUAUCUACAUCCGGACAUGUAUGAAAGAGCAGUAUUACGAAAACCGGUUAACAAAAAGUUCGGUGCAACCAUUGAUUUGUGGUCUAUAGGCGUAACAUUGUAUCAUGUUGCUACAGGAAACUUACCAUUCAGACCUUAUGGAGGUCGUAAAAAUAAAGAAACGAUGCAUCACAUAACUACUAAAAAAGAAAGUGGUGUCAUAUCAGGAAUUCAAACUAAAGAAAGUGGACCGAUUGAAUGGAAGCGAGAACUACCAGUUAAUUGUCAAUUGAGUGAAGGUUUAAAAAAAAUUAUAACACCUCUUUUAGCUGGACUUCUAGAAGCAGACCACAGGAAAAUAUGGAGCUUCGACAGAUUUUUUAAAGAGGUUGAUGUAGUAUUGUCACGCUCGGCUAUAAACAUUUUCCAUGUAAAUAAAGCCAGAUUGAUUAAAGUGUAUAUCCUUCCAGAUGAGACGUAUCAGCACUUGCAGAAUUAUGUAACAGAACAAACAGGGAUUAAAGACGAAAGUCAAAUUUUAUUGUACCAAACUAAUCUUUUUGCUAAUCUUAUUCAGGAAUAUACUAGAGCAUGUGGCUACCCUAGAACCAAAGAAGACGAUCCAUUGUUUUUAUUUAACAAGGAUAAUAACAACGUCACUAUAGUGCCUGACCAGGAGCUGCCAAAGUGGACCGAUUUUUCUACAGUCAUCUCUGUGGAAAAUGAUGCUGCUCAAGCAAAGUUCGCUUGUAGCAUCGGGCAUCAAUGUAAGCGACAAAUCGAAAAAUAUUCUCUUUACAGCAAACUUAUCUGUGAGACUGUUGACAACUUUACCAAAUAUAUCAACACAGAACUAAAACAGCUUCAUCAAAACACGCAACAUUUACUCGACAAAACACUUAUUUUCAAAAAAACCGCACAGGUCCUACAACUUUCGCAACAAAUUAGUAAUUACAGCCUGAAAAGUAAUUACACUGAAAAACUGGAUGACAUAAGUAAGGAAUUUGUAACGGCUGCAGCGGUCGGUGUUACUAAUUUGUACUUGGGGCACUGUGUUGAAAAUACGUUAAAACUGCAGUGGGACUCUAUCAGUAGAGAUUUAAAAUGUCCCUUUAAAACACUAGCCCCAGCGAGAGCUAAAACGCAAGUGGAGCACUUGAGAGAAUCGUGGCAACACUUGGUACGUGAUAGAGCAACCCGCAGUUUGUCGUACAACGACGAACAAUUUCACAUUUUGGAAAGAAUAAAAAUAACUCAAACUAUCAACAAAAUCAAAACACUUUUGGAGAAAGAAGUAUUCCCUCAAUACGAGCAACUAGCUGAAAAUUUCGGAGACUGGUAUAAAAUGGCACAAAAUAUUCAUUUAAAGACCAACAUAUUAAUUUCAGACGUCGAAAAGUACGAUGGAAAAUUGAGAGAUUUCGAAGAGGAAUUGACCAUUGACAACGUAGAUUAUACGGAACACAUCAAAAAUAAUUUUGAGCAGGCUGGGAAAAAUACAGCACCUAAAAAGGUUCGGAACACACAAAAUCAAGAACUUAAAAUGUAUUUGAAAGAGUAUUCCAAAAAUAGUGAAAACUUCAAGGAAAUUCUCACAGAAAACACCAUACUGUUAAAUAAAUUAAGUGAAUCAACGAUGGAACUUACUAAAGCAGUAUCUCAUCCUUAAUUCUUUGUGAUAAGCAAAACUGAUAAGUUUUUUUUAGGACGUGUCACUAUGAUAAUGAUAUUUUAGAUAAUAUUUGCUCAUAUAAAUGAUUUUUUUAUAUUUUGAACUCAUAGACGAAGUUAAUGUUCUCUGUAUCUAAGACAAUGUUUUCAAGUACAAUGAAAUUAAAUCCUUAGUGAAUAAUUGAAAUAUCUACGGUUCAUUUAACCGCUUAGAUGAAUAGUUUCUUUACCAUACAAAUCGGAGAAUUUUGAAUAGUUUUAAACAUCCUUGACAUAGUAAAUCAAUCCUUGUUAUUAUCAUAUUAGCAAAAAUUUAUAAAUCUGAAAAUAUUAGAAUUUAGUUUUAGGAAAAGAACAAUUUGCAAUAUAUGUUUCUUUGAUGAAAAAGUGUAUUAUAUUAAGUAUUUAAAAAUAAUCUAGUAUUUGUAUGCUUAUUUUAUAAAGUAAAAAAAUAUAUUACAGUUGAACCUCAAGUAUUCAAGACCGGCUCUUAUCUCGGAUAAGGCAAAUUUUUCUUCUAUAUGUAGUAGGUGUAAUGGUUAUACUUUUCCACGCUUAUUAUCAUUAUGAUAAUCACAGACUCAGAUAAUCUCAACCAGUUCCGGCAAUCGGUGACUUAGACAACUAAGGUUCUACCAUACCUGCAUAUGUAUAAUAAUGUAUUUUGUAAAUAAAAAAUGGAACUGUUAUUAAAAAUAGUAAACUAUAAUAAAUACAUUUUCUUAUA